CGCGAACGUGCCCAUGUUGUAGUGAGAGGCGAGACAAAAGCGCUCUGGCUAGCCUGCUAGCUACCAUUUUAAUCGGAUAUCACAGUUAGCAAGCUGCUGAACUGCCAAUAAUAUAUAUUUUUUUGCUACAAACAUCUGUUUACCGGUGGUUCUGCUACAAUGGCCGAUAAGGAAGCUGCAUUUGACGAUGCGGUGGAGGAACGUGUGAUCAACGAGGAGUAUAAGAUUUGGAAGAAGAACACACCUUUCCUGUAUGACCUGGUCAUGACCCAUGCCCUUGAGUGGCCUAGCCUGACCGCUCAGUGGCUCCCCGAUGUCACCAGACCCGAGGGGAAGGAUUUCAGCGUGCACCGCCUGGUUCUGGGCACGCACACUUCCGACGAGCAGAACCACCUGGUCAUCGCCAGCGUACAGCUGCCCAAUGAUGAUGCCCAGUUCGACGCCUCGCACUACGACAGCGAGAAAGGAGAAUUUGGAGGCUUUGGCUCGGUGAGUGGAAAGAUAGAGAUCGAGAUCAAGAUAAACCACGAAGGCGAGGUGAACCGGGCGCGCUACAUGCCCCAGAACCCCUGCAUCAUCGCCACCAAGACCCCCACCUCGGACGUGCUGGUGUUCGACUACACCAAGCACCCCUCCAAGCCUGACCCCUCUGGAGAGUGCACCCCGGACCUGAGGCUGAGAGGCCACCAGAAGGAGGGCUACGGCCUCUCCUGGAACCCCAACCUGUCUGGCUGCCUGCUCAGCGCCUCUGACGACCACACCAUCUGUCUGUGGGACAUCAGCGCGGUGCCUAAGGAGGGGAAGAUUGUGGACGCCAAGACCAUCUUCACGGGCCACACGGCUGUGGUGGAGGACGUGUCUUGGCACCUGCUGCACGAGUCUCUCUUCGGAUCGGUGGCCGACGACCAGAAGCUCAUGAUCUGGGACACGCGCUCCAACAACACCUCCAAGCCCAGCCACGCCGUGGACGCCCACACGGCCGAGGUCAACUGCCUGUCCUUCAACCCCUACAGCGAGUUCAUCCUGGCCACAGGCUCUGCCGACAAGACUGUGGCCCUCUGGGACUUGAGGAACCUCAAACUGAAGCUGCACUCCUUCGAGUCGCACAAAGACGAGAUCUUCCAGGUCCAGUGGUCGCCCCAUAACGAAACCAUUCUGGCGUCUAGCGGCACAGACAGGAGGCUCAACGUCUGGGACCUCAGUAAAAUCGGAGAGGAGCAGUCUCCUGAAGAUGCAGAAGAUGGCCCUCCAGAACUUCUGUUCAUCCACGGAGGUCACACGGCCAAGAUCUCAGACUUCUCCUGGAACCCCAACGAGCCCUGGGUCCUGUGCUCGGUGUCUGAGGACAACAUCAUGCAAGUCUGGCAGAUGGCUGAGAACAUCUACAAUGAUGAGGACCCAGAGGGGGCAGCAGAUCCAGAGCCCCCUCUUCACCCGCCACCCUCACCCAUCCCCACUGUGCAGCCCGGGGCUCGGGACACCUCCAUAGUCAAGCACCACGAGCUCUCGUCAGCUCCUCUCCUGAAUCUCUGCAGAUGUUUAUGGUUGACAUCAGAGUGCUAACACUGGUCCAAUAUAGGAGAACUGUAGUUAGCUUACAGUGAACGUCUCUUAUUGGUCAGGUAAAGGAGAUUGAGAGAGGACAGUCUUGUUUUCGAGGAGCACCCCCCCCCCCAUCCAUGUUUUCGUAGUUUCUGAAGGCGGUACCAUGGAAAGCCGUGUCUCGACAACAGGAAGUAAUUUAUUGUCGGAAGAAUUUCUCCCAGCUCCGGUUUUUGUACUGUAUUAUAAAGAAGUGUAUUUUUCUAAGCCCUCUCCAUUGGCCUUUCCUUGCCUUGUUACUUCUCUCCUUUGACUUCUCCUAUUCAGAAAUGUCCGUAAUUUGACUCUUGGCACAGGGAGGCUAGGUGAUGGUAUAGCUUUUUGACCGCAAAGAAAAGAUGUUGAAAGACAAAAUUCCAUGUUCAGACAACUACGUCAAGGAUGGAUUUGGUGACUCCAGAAAUGAGGGUUAGAUCCCUGGUCACUUAUAGUAGUUUUUAUACAUGCAUCGAUCGUCCCAUAAUCUACGCUAGGUGUGUUCUCGAACAUUUUCAUAUUGUUAUGUGUAUUUGAAGGUAUCCUCUGUCUGUUUCCCUCAUUCUCUUGUUUUCCAUUUGUACAGUAAAUGCAUUCUUAAUAAAAACUUUUCUCUCUCUCCCC